AUGGAGGAGUCUCGUACUCAACGCGACAAGAGAGGUCCAGUAUCUCCAAUCCAAGAGAAAAAUAGCCGUGUCAAAGCUUCGGCCUCCGUCGUGGUCCUCGCGGAACAGCUACACGACUUUGCUUAUGACGCCAUUGGUGAUAGCAAAUACCCUGGAGAGGGCUGCCGACAACAAUAUGUAGCGCCCUCCCCACUCAAACCUGCGAAAUAA